GCCUAGGGGAAAGCAAGAUGGCGGCGCACCUGUCCUACGGACGAGUGAACCUGAACGUGCUGCGCGAAGCGGUGCGUCGCGAGCUGCGAGAGUUCCUGGACAAGUGCGCGGGCAGCAAGGCAAUAGUUUGGGACGAGUACCUCACAGGACCAUUUGGACUGAUUGCACAGUAUUCACUACUGAAGGAACAUGAAGUGGAAAAAAUGUUCACGCUUAAAGGAAGUCGUUUGCCAGCAGCUGAUGUCAAGAAUAUUAUUUUUUUUGUCAGACCCAGGCUGGAAUUGAUGGAUAUAAUUGCUGAAAACGUGCUCAGCGAAGACAAACGUGGCCCAGCAAGAGAUUUCCACAUUUUGUUUGUGCCACGACGAAGUUUGCUGUGUGAACAGAGGCUGAAGGAUCUGGGUGUCUUGGGAUCCUUUAUUCACAGGGAGGAGUACAGCCUAGACCUCAUUCCAUUUGACGGGGAUCUCUUAUCCAUGGAGUCAGAGGGUGCGUUCAAAGAGUGCUACCUGGACAGCGACCAGACGAGCUUGUACCACGCGGCCAAGGGGCUGAUGACCCUGCAGGCUCUGUACGGGACAAUCCCCCAGAUCUUUGGGAAAGGAGAGUGUGCCAGGCAAGUGGCCAAUAUGAUGAUCAGGAUGAAGAGAGAGUUUACAGGAAGCCAAAAUUCAAUAUUUCCUGUUUUUGAUAAUCUCUUGUUGCUUGAUCGAAAUGUGGAUUUACUGACGCCUCUUGCCACUCAGCUUACAUAUGAAGGACUCAUUGAUGAAAUUUAUGGCAUUCAGAACAGUUAUGUGAAGUUACCUCCGGAGAAAUUUGCUCCUAAGAAACAGGGCGAUGGUGGGAAGGACCUUCCCACAGAAGCAAAGAAGCUUCAGCUGAAUUCUGCAGAGGAGCUGUACGCUGAGAUCCGCGACAAAAACUUCAACGCGGUGGGCUCCGUGCUCAGCAAGAAAGCGAAGGUGAUCUCCGCAGCGUUUGAGGAGAGGCACAACGCCAAGACGGUCGGGGAGAUCAAGCAGUUCGUGUCCCAGCUGCCCCACAUGCAGGCAGCGAGGGGCUCGCUGGCAAACCACACGUCCAUCGCAGAGCUAAUCAAAGACGUUACCACCUCUGAAGACUUCUUUGAUAAACUCACAGUGGAGCAGGAGUUUAUGUCUGGAAUAGACACUGAUAAGGUCAACAGCUACAUCGAAGACUGUAUUGCCCAGAAGCACCCGCUCAUCAAGGUGUUAAGACUGGUGUGCCUCCAGUCCGUGUGCAACAGCGGACUGAAGCAGAAGGUUUUGGAUUAUUACAAAAGAGAGAUUCUCCAGACGUACGGCUAUGAGCACAUACUGACCUUAUACAACCUAGAGAAGGCCGGCCUGCUGAAACCACAGACGGGGGGCAGAAACAAUUACCCAACGAUCCGGAAAACGUUACGCCUCUGGAUGGACGACGUAAACGAACAGAACCCCACGGACAUAUCGUACGUGUACAGCGGCUACGCCCCUCUCAGCGUGCGGCUGGCCCAGCUGCUCUCCCGGCCGGGCUGGCGAAGCAUCGAGGAGGUUCUCCGCAUACUCCCAGGGCCCCACUUCGAAGAACGGCAGCCGCUGCCCACGGGACUGCAGAAGAAACGUCAACCGGGAGAAAACCGAGUCACUCUGAUAUUCUUCCUCGGGGGCGUGACCUUUGCCGAAAUCGCCGCCCUGCGCUUUCUCUCCCAGCUGGAGGAUGGUGGCACGGAGUAUGUCAUUGCCACCACAAAACUGAUGAACGGGGCCAGCUGGAUUGAGUCUCUGAUGGAAAAACCUUUCUAGGGUGAUCAGCGUCGACUUGUGUCACCAAAUAAGCUCCCGCCACAAGGGAGGGAAGCCUCACUGAAGAGAAACAGAAGAAUACAGACUUUACUUCGGGGGUCAGCUCCUUAAAUUACAUGACUUUCCCCUUCCUGCUUCUCUCUUGUGUUUCUAAUUUCUGGAAGAAAGAAGACCAGAAGAGAACCAACCUGGGUAAAAGAAACACCAGCUAUUAAGUCCAAAGCUCAGGAUCUUCCUUAGAGACGUCUGGAAACCUGCGAGGACGGUAGGAUGGAGACCCUACAGCUGCACACGGGGGCCAGUUCUUGAAAUCAGAAGGCAGGGACGGAGGAAGUGAACGUGAAAACUAGGAAGUCUCCCCGCUGGUAAACGGUACUGCCUUUCCCGGAGGCACGUCACGCCCGGGGCAGUGGCUGGGUGUUGGGGCAAGAGCUAGGCUUCUCACGGAGCUGAGAUUUCUUUCUCCUGCCGCAUGGCACAUCACAUUUGGUGUCACCGUCGUCUGCCUUAUCUGACCAUUAGGCAAGUGUUGUUUCUUCCGCUUUCUGCUUUCAGUUCCUCUGCUUUGAUGAAGCAAGAGGUGUGGAGAGACUUCUUUCUCCAAAUCAAAGUUAAUCUGUGUCUGUGUGACCAGCUAAAUUCCUGGGGCUCCCGUACUUAUCAGGGGCUUUUUACAUUGAGGGGCAUGAGAAUUGGGGAGCAGCUUCCUGAGAAUUUUCUUAGACGCUUUUCCAGGACACUUGCUUAGCACACGUGUUACUCCAAGAUGUUUCCAUGGUAGGUGCCUCCACCGGGGCUUCCGUUUUCUUCCCUGGCCUCCAGCUCGUCCCCCCGGGAGCACUGGUGAGUCUUCCUUUGGCCUUUGCCAACAUCCUCGCCCCGGUAACUGCCCCGAAUACUUCUGUGCGGCCACUGCAUGCUCAGCCUCUGGCAAAGCACAGCUCUGCUUCAGUCCCUGGUCCAGUGACCUCAGCCUCCUGUGGGGCAGCUUGUCUGUGGUCUUGGAGAGCAGCUGCUCUUGCUGGAGACGGUUAGCAGCUGUGGGGCAGAGGAGCCGGAUGUUGGUGGAGAGGCUGGAACUGAGUGUGCUUUCCCUGCCUCCCUCCUGCUCUGUCCCAACAUCUGGAAGAGUUAAAUCCAAGAAGGGGACCAAAUUGAUGGCUUCAUAGCCCUCGCACAGCCUCCCCUCUGCUGGGGGAUCGCAGUCGGCAUCCCUUCUCGGGCAAGGUGUGGUUUCUGUGACUAGUUAGUAACCAUACAUGUUUUUUUUCCACUUUGUUUCAUUAAUGAAAUUCUGUUAGCACAUUGCAUGUUAUGAGUGAAAGAGAAAUUCUAUAAUGAAAAAAUCUCUUAAGAAUGAGAUGUAGAAAAGGUCGUAUUUAAGAGAUUUCUUUCUCGUGCAUUCAAUUUGGCCUUGACCUUCAGUAUUUGGAAAGUGGUCUUUUAAAAAAACUAUUCCUGUUUUAGAAAAUCCUUUUUCAAAUACUUACUAUCCCAGGGAGAUCAUUUAUACCUCCCAGCCCCAGCCGUUGUCAGUUUCAGCUGCCUUAGAGAAUGAAAACACCUUGCCCCUCAGUGUUUGGGGCUCAUGGGAUUCAGGUCAAGUCUGGUCAGGUCUCCUCGUCUGGGGUUUUUGUCCUAUGAACAGAUACUCAGUUGUGUCUCAUGUGUCUACGUUUACUCGUGACUCUGUGCUUGCUUGCACAGAGCAUAGUUAGGUCAGCUCCCAAAAUGCAUUUAGACUUAGAAACAUCAAUUGCUUCAUUUGUAUGCAAAUAGAAAGUGGUGGAUAAUUAUAUAUUAUUCGCCUUUGUGUGAGUUCACUUAAUCCUUGAAGCAGCCUUUGUCUCAAAGGAGCAUGCCCUUCCUGAGAAAGGAUAUGUGAAUGGUACAUUUAUUCCUGGAGAGGGCGGAUUGUUUACACCAUGUCUGGACUUUUGUCUAGUUAGGUAGACAGUUCUGCUACACCAGCAACUCCAUAAAAGAGAAGUCUGCGUAGAUAAAGAAGUAUACAUGGGCACUGUUCUGUGUCUUACUGUACAUUGUGAAUUUUAGCCAACAGAGAAGCAUUUGAAUUGUAGUUUAACUGUCGAGCAAGAGAAUACAGGCAUACUGAGAGAGACUGGAGAUGAAUCUUUUGGUGUCCCGGUGCAUAUAAAAGUUGUGUUUACACUGUACUGUAUCUCUUAAUUGUGCAAUAGUCUUGUGUCUAAAAACAUAUGUAUUUCCUAUUUUAAAAAUAUUACUAAAAAUUACUAGCCAUCA